AUGCCCGUCCUGACCGUUCGCAAUUUAGCAGGCGAAACAUGUUGGGGUCCCAAGGACGUGGCCUUGGACUCUGCCGUCGCCCAGCUCAGGGAAGACAUUGCGCAGGUGAUCGAGCGACCCGCCUUUUCGAUUCGCUUGCUCCGCGGCACGGAGAUGCUCCCAGUUUCCGGGCGCAUUGAGGACUUCUGCACGGAAGACAGCGAGCUGUCCUUACAGCUGGUUGGCCCAUCCACCUACGUGGAGGAAUGCAAUGAAUUCCUCAAGACCUUACCACCCGCAGUGGACACCGAAGAGCACCAGAAGUGGCUCCAGGAGGCGCAGACGUCGUUGACGAGUCGCCUUGAGUUGCUCCAAGCCUUUGAUGACAGCGAGCUGAAGGCCAGCGAGCAGGUGAAGGCGCUGUGCGUGGGUCUCCUGGACCAGGAGCGCACGGACUGGUAUAGCUCACCAACCGAGCGCUUCCCGGACGAGGCCUCGGCCAGGGCGAUGCAGCUGCUGCGGCGUGUGGCGGAGCGGGGGGAGCCUGAAGUGGUGCGAGUGAUGAAGUAUUGGCUCCAGAAGAUCGCCUUCAAGGAUUUCACCACCGGUGAGAACACCACCUCGGUCUGGACGGUGUUUCAGGUCGCCAAAGCGGUGCCCGAGUUGGCGCCGUUUGGAGAUAUGCAGGUGAUUCAGAUUUUGGGGGAGAAAGCGGGCGACUUGAUGAACCACUAUUGUGAGAGCAAUGAUGGCGCGAUCUACAUGUGCUUGGAGGCUGCUGCCGGCAUCAGCGAGGGGCAUCCAGAAGCAGCCAGGGACAUGCUGCACGCGCUCGUGGGCUUUGGUUACCAUGAACUGUUUUCGUCACCCACUUUGGGCAAAGCCUGCUUGGUCUUGGGCUGCCGCUUGGAUCGCGUGGCGGCAGAUCCCCCCACGUCCGGUCAGCUGAAGGAAGUGCUGGAGCAGGCUCGUGAGGAGGCAGGGGUGGAAGCGUCCGAAGACGACCCGAUUGAGCCCGCCCGAAUUGCCACGCCGGACGGGAAGAAGGCGGUCAAGCUGGACUUGGACUUCCUGAAGCACACCAUCCAGUACAUGGACAAGAAAAGGCUCAAUGAAAGGGAGGAGGUCUUCGGAUACACCUCCCUCUCUUUAGCAUGCAGCGUGGGCCAUGUGAAGGUGGUGAAUAUGCUCUUAGAAGCACGUGCCGACUUGGAAUCUAGUUGCAACCUGGGCAACGCCGCGCUGCAGAUGGCCUCACGCGCAGGGCACACCUCUGUGGUUCGUGCCCUGCUGGUCCACAAGGCUGCAUUGGAGGCCAAAAACGUCGAGGGCUGGACGCCUCUCAUCUGGGCCUCCAUGAACGGCCAAGAGGAAGUGGUGGCCACACUCUUGGGGGGCAAGGCCAAGGUGCAGGAGCGCGAUGCUCAAGGACUCACCGCGUUGAUGUGGGCGACGCGUCAUGGCCAUGUCCUGGUGAUGAAGUCUUUGCUGGCCACCGGGCCAGAUCUGGGGCUGAAGGACUUCGAUGGCCACACGGUGAUGCACCAUGCACGUCAGCAGCGAGCAGCACGGAAGAUGCUGCAGCAGUUCGAGGAACUGAACCGGCAGCUGCUGCACAGCGCCAAGUCGGGCGAUGUGAACUCGGCCACGGAGGCUUUGGAGGCGGGUGCCUUUGUCGAUGCACUCGAUGACUCGGGCUCCAGCCCGCUGCUGCUGGCGGCCUCGCAAAGGGACUUCACCAUGGUUCGCUUGCUGGCACGCCAUGGUGCAGACUUGAGCCUCGAGGCCUCCCGAGGCAACUCUCCAUGGUUGAGAAGCUUGGAGUACCGUACCAACAUCCAGGAGGUCUUGCGCGAUGCUGUGAAGGCCAAUCGCUUGUUGAUGUCCAGUGCCAAGGAAGGUUAUUGGCGAGGAGUCUUUCAGGCCAUCGAGCAUGGCGCCUGGCUCGACUUGCCAGAUGAGGCGCAGAAGACCUCGUUGGCCUGGGCAUCUACCCAUGGCAGUGCCAUGGCGGCGCGGAAGCUGGUGGAGGCGCGUGCUUCGGUGGGCCUCCGCGACACGUGUGGGUGGACUGCAUUAGCUUGGGCCGCGCACAACAAUUGGCCGAAGGUUGCUUCAGUCUUGCAGUACCACAAGGCAGAUGUGAACACUCGGACCUUCACAGGC